UACACGUGGAUAGAUUGUUCACUACUGCUAUAGCAAUCUCUUGCUUUUAUUUGGUACUAUAAGCCGUGGUUUCACAUGUCUGUGUAGCAAGUGGGCCUUGUGACCGUCGACUGAGACGCCGGCACAGCAUUUUGUAUUGCUGUGUGUUUUGUGGGUUUGGUUUUGCCAAGGGUUGUGCCGGUUUAGCUUCUGCGAUCAUCCACGGAUAAGAAACCAUAACGAAAAGAACCGUGUUGCAUCAGAAGACAUCAAACAAAAUGGAAACCGAACCCCUAAAUGGAAGUGAGGAAAUCACUCCCAUGUUAGCAACAUCGUUUCCUGACAAUCAUAGCGAAAGCCAAUCAGCACACAGUAUCCAAGAAACGUCACGCAUAAUAAAUGAGGAUGCGAAGUCACUAGAAACCAAUAGCCAAUGGCAGGAGGCUAAAGUUGAAGGACCGCCCACAUCAUGUGACAGUGAUCCGAGUUAUGAGGACAGUAUUGAUGAGUCUAUGGACAAUGAUGAAGAACAGAAACCCAAGCUUACGACACACCAAAAACUGUCCAUGGUUCUGAUUAUCCUAGCAACAUUAGCAAAUACUAUGUCAUUUUCCAUCCUGGCUGCCUUCUUUCCAAUAGAGGCUGAGGCCAAAGGGAUGUCACAAUCAGUGAUUGGUUUUGUGUUCACGGCGUAUUCUCUCGCAUCGAGUAUUGGUUCACCAAUCUGUGGAAAGUUUCUACCUGUUGUUGGAGCUCGUUUCAUGUUCAUAGCUGGCUCCUUUCUUGCGGGUGGGUCCAACAUGAUGUUUGGUUUGGUUGGUGAUAUGCCAACACUGGCUACAUUUACAGCAUUCUGUUGCCUGCUAAGGGUUGUUGAAGGUUUAGGACUGGCUGCUAGUUUUACAUCUGCAUCCGCCAUUUUGGCACAUACCUUCCCGGAUGAUAAAGGAACUGUGGUGAGUGUAAAUGAGGUGAUGGUUGGGAUAGGUUUUGCAGCUGGUCCAGCUAUUGGGGGUUUAUUGUAUCAGGCUGGUGGUUUUAGAACUCCGUUCUUUAUUUGUGGAGGCUUUGAUUUACUGGUUGUUGUAAUCAACGUUGCCAUAAUGCCACAGUAUGCUUGUGAGUCUCAGAAUACGGGCUCAUUUAAGAAAGUCUUGACGCUUCCUGCCAUGUGGCUUGCUUUGGGUGUGUCACUGAUUGUGAAUUCCACAUAUGGGUUCAUGGACCCUACACUAGCACUUCAUCUUAAAGAGCUUCAUUUUGAUGUGGUUGAAAUCAGUUGUAUGUUUGGUCUCUUUGGUGGAUCGUAUGCCAUUGCUUCUAUUUUCUGGGGCUACAUUGCAGAUAAAAAGAAAAAUACCAGGAUUUUGAUUUCAAUUGGAUCUUUUGGCUGUGCGAUGUUUUUCUUUUUCCUCGGGCCUUCUCCACUUCUAAAUAUAAAUCCGCACAAGUACAUUACUGUUGCAUCAAUAGUGAUUGGUGCUGUCUCCAUGGCUAUGGUUGCCAUGCCUACACUCGUUGAUAUGUUCAUCACAUCACAAUGGUAUGGACUACCCCAAGGUUUAGGAGACAUGGGUGUUAUAUCAGGACUCUGGCUCUCGUCAACCUCAAUAGGAGUAACGGUCGGUGCACCUAUGGGAGGUCUAUUAACCGACCAUCUUGGAUUUAACAAAGCUGGGACAGUCCUUGCCGGUGUUUACAUAGCAACCAUGCUCGUGAUCUGUUUCUUUGGACUGUGGGAAUUCCGCUGUGGAAAGGGGAGGCGUGAACCCCGAAAGGGAGAACUUUAAGUUAUUAGCCUCGCUGAAUGACGGGCAACACUCUUGUCUGGAGUGAAGAAGGUUCAUUUCUUGUCGCUUGACUGAAGGUUGACAGGCACUUCGGAUGGGAUCUAAAGCCGUUGGUUCCGUGUGUAACGCACGUAAAUAAACCCAGUGCACUUUUCGAAAAGAGAAGGGGGUUCACCGGCACCCGGUGUUCCUGGCUGGAUUGGCAGCAUACGCCACGUAAAACAUCACAUGGGGCUAUGUACAAGGAGUAGAUCUCAUCAGAAUUCAAUUGUAGUCCCACAUAUCUUUGCAGAAAAUACUUUAUGUUUAAGCGCUUUGAGACGCCCUUCGGAUGUAAAAAAGCGCUUUAAAACAACCGAUUAUCUAUACCGUAGCACGUGAUCGACCCUCAUAAUUAUGUUUUCGGUCCCCAACUUUGAUUCCCGUUUACCGCGAGAUUGUGCAAGCUGCACCAGUGACAGAAGCUAUG